UCUUUUAAAUGAGCAGACAUUCGUUCUAAUGAUAACGGAAUCAUCAUGAAAGUCAAAGUUAUCGGACUAAUUUUAAUCAGACAACAACCCGUUGAGUCAAAAUAGUCGUGGGGACAGUUACUUUUCAGCUCUUUGGCCUGCCUUUGCCUCUGUCACCCCUCAGUUUGCCGCUGCGUGAUGGGGAAAAGCAGGGUAUUUAUAAGAAUGGAUGCACUGUUUCCUUGCCAGAUUCCUUAUUGCUGUAACUCAUGAACCUGCAUAGUCUUGGGAAUGAACCUAUGUUCAAUGAUGACAAACCUGUCACCAGUGUAGCAACAACAGUCUAACAGCAAAAACAAAAAUUAAAAAGCAUUUAAAUUUAUAUCCCACAAAGAAGCCAUUGUAAUCAACAACUGCUGCAUUAUUUUUCCAAGAUGAACCGGUAUACAACCAUGCGACAGCUAGGAGACGGCACCUAUGGGAGUGUGCUAAUGGGCAAGAGUAAUGAAUCUGGGGAACUGGUGGCCAUCAAAAGGAUGAAGAGAAAGUUCUAUUCUUGGGAUGAAUGCAUGAACUUGAGAGAAGUUAAGUCUCUGAAGAAACUUAAUCAUGCCAAUGUGAUUAAACUAAAAGAAGUUAUCAGAGAAAAUGACCAUCUUUAUUUUAUAUUUGAAUAUAUGAAAGAAAACCUCUAUCAAUUAAUGAAAGACAGGAACAAGUUGUUCCCUGAGUCAGUCAUCAGGAAUAUUAUGUAUCAAAUAUUGCAAGGGCUGGCAUUUAUCCAUAAACAUGGUUUUUUUCAUAGGGAUAUGAAACCAGAAAACUUGCUUUGUAUGGGUCCAGAACUUGUGAAAAUUGCUGAUUUUGGUCUUGCAAGGGAAUUAAGGUCACAGCCACCAUACACUGAUUAUGUGUCAACCCGAUGGUAUCGUGCUCCUGAAGUUUUAUUAAGAUCUUCAGUUUACAGCUCUCCCAUUGAUUUGUGGGCUGUUGGGAGUAUAAUGGCUGAACUAUAUACAUUAAGACCACUUUUCCCAGGGACAAGUGAGGUUGAUGAAAUCUUUAAAAUUUGCCAAGUUUUAGGGACUCCAAAAAAAAGUGACUGGCCAGAAGGGUACCAGCUUGCAUCUGCGAUGAAUUUCCGUUUUCCCCAGUGUGUUCCUAUAAACUUAAAAACUCUUAUUCCAAAUGCCAGUAAUGAAGCUAUUCAGCUUAUGACUGAAAUGUUGAAUUGGAAUCCAAAGAAACGACCAACAGCAAGCCAGGCAUUGAAACACCCAUAUUUUCAAGUUGGUCAAGUAUUAGGCCCUUCCUCACGUCAUCUGGAAACAAAACAAUCUGUAAAUAAGCAGGUACAACUGCUAGAAUUGAAGCCAUCUUUAAUUGAGCUAGAACCUACCCCUCUGCCAGAUGUAAAUGAUCAGACUGCUGGACAGCCCCAGCCAAAAUUUGGCCACCAGCCACUGCAGUUCAUCCAGCCUCCACAGAACACGAGUGUCCAGAAAGCGCCAAAGCAGCAGAGCCAACAGAAACAGCCUCAGACACUAUUUCCAAGUAUCAUCAAAAACAUGCCAACUAAGCCAAAUAGCACGCUGGGGCAUAAAAGCGCUAGGAGGCGUUGGGGUCAGACUGUGUUCAAGUCUGGAGAUAGUUUGGAAGAGUUUGAGGACUGUGACUUUGGAACCUCCCCUUCCAAGAAGUCAAGCAUGAAUGUUUUCAAAGAAAAGAGGAGAAAAGAUUCUCCAUUUCGGCUUCCAGAGUCAGUACCGUCAGGCUCCAACCACUUACCAGGAGAAAACAAGAGCUUACCUACUGCUAUUUCCCUAAAAUCUGAUUCUGAAUUGUCAACAGCUUCAACAGCUAAACAAUACUACUUAAAACAAUCAAGAUAUCUUCCAGGUGUAAAUCCUAAGAACGUGUCCUUCAUAGCCAGUGGAAAGGAUAUGAGCCCGUAUACUUGGAACAAUCAGUUAUUUCCUAAGUCAUUGGGACCCAUUGGUGCAGAACUUGCUUUCAAAAGGCAUAAUGCAGAAGAAAGCAUAAUUAAACCAAUUGAAAAACUAUCAUGCAGUGAAAGUUAUCCUGAAAAAUUAGAGGACCUACAAGGAAAUCUUGGAAAUUAUGCAACUUACAGUCCGUCGAGAUAUAUUCCUUCCUUUCUCAAAAAAGAAGUGGGGUCAGCUGGUCAGAGGAUCCACUUAGCACCUCUUGGUGCAACAGCUUCAGAUUUUCCUACAGAUGGUGAUAGGAGGAAAGCCGAGGUUAGCAGCACACCAGGACCCACAUGCUCCCAUAACUUCCUCCUACAUUCCCAAUUUUACAGUGAAAGUACAAAGAAAAAACAGAAUAUACCUGGAACACAAAAACUGGUCGGGGGAAAUGUUCAGGACCUACUUACAAUCCUACAGCCAAGAAUCUAAAUGUUGUGAACCGUGCACAGCCAGUUCCCUCAGUGCAUGGGAGGACGGACUGGGUGGCCAAGUACGGAGGCCACCGGUAGGAGCGGUGCAACAGCCCCCGGGAAACGUCUGCAGAUGUCUGCUACUGAGUUCUGGAAGACAGAUGUAAUAGUGGGCACUUUGAAGAGCAAAAAUCAUCCCCUAUUUUCUUUCCUAGAAAUGAAAUGCAUUUUAUUGGCUUCACUGCCCAUGUAUGGGUAGGACCGACAUUUAGUUAGGACUUUACAAAGUAUUGAAUAAACUAUUUGCCAAAGUAUCAAGUAUUUGAUGUACAAAUUAAUAGAUACUAAGUACAAGAAGCUUUUGUUAAAAAUGCAUCCUGAAGUGUUUAGUGUUUUAGUUUUCAUGUGUUGUAUAUUUGCAUAAACUACUUCAUAUUUCAUCAUUUGGCCUCAGAGGUUUUGUUAUGUUUUUUUUAUAGCAAUUAGGUAGGCCAUGGAUGAUGCGGGCUGUCAGUUAUAGUUCUUAUUGGCCAAGACUCUGCUC